CGGAACCCUCCCUCCCUCGCUCCCGGCUUAGAGGACAGCGGGGAAGGCGGGUGCUGAGGCAGGGGGCCUGAAGCGGCGGUACUGGUGCUGGCGGCGGCAGCUGAGGUCUUGGCCGAAGCCGCACGGAACCUCAGGGCAAGAUGCUUGGAACUGGACCUGCCGCCGCCACCACCACUGCCACCACAUCUAGCAAUGUGAGUGUUCUGCAGCAGUUUGCCAGUGGCCUGAAGAGCCGGAAUGAGGAGACCAGGGCCAAAGCUGCCAAGGAGCUCCAGCACUAUGUCACCAUGGAGCUCCGAGAGAUGAGUCAAGAGGAGUCUACUCGCUUCUAUGACCAGCUGAACCAUCACAUUUAUGAAUUGGUUUCCAGCUCAGAUGCCAAUGAGAGGAAAGGUGGCAUCUUGGCCAUAGCCAGCCUCAUAGGAGUGGAAGGUGGGAAUGCCACCCGAAUUGGCAGAUUUGCCAACUAUCUUCGGAACCUCCUCCCCUCCAAUGACCCAGUUGUCAUGGAAAUGGCAUCCAAGGCCAUUGGCCGCCUUGCCAUGGCAGGGGACACUUUCACUGCCGAGUAUGUGGAAUUUGAGGUGAAGCGAGCCCUGGAAUGGCUGGGUGCUGACCGCAAUGAGGGCCGGAGACAUGCAGCUGUCCUGGUUCUCCGUGAGCUGGCCAUCAGCGUCCCUACCUUCUUCUUCCAGCAAGUGCAGCCCUUCUUUGACAACAUUUUUGUGGCCGUGUGGGACCCCAAACAGGCCAUCCGUGAGGGAGCUGUAGCCGCCCUUCGUGCCUGUCUGAUUCUCACCACCCAGCGUGAGCCGAAGGAGAUGCAGAAGCCUCAGUGGUACCGGCACACAUUUGAAGAAGCAGAGAAGGGGUUUGAUGAGACCUUGGCCAAAGAGAAGGGCAUGAAUCGGGAUGAUCGGAUCCAUGGAGCCUUGCUAAUCCUUAACGAGCUGGUCCGAAUCAGCAGCAUGGAGGGAGAGCGUCUGAGAGAAGAAAUGGAAGAAAUCACACAGCAGCAGCUGGUACACAACAAGUACUGCAAAGAUCUCAUGGGCUUUGGAACAAAGCCUCGUCACAUUACCCCCUUCACCGGUUUCCAGGCUGUGCAGCCCCAGCAGUCAAAUGCCUUGGUGGGGCUGCUGGGGUACAGCUCUCACCAAGGCCUCAUGGGAUUUGGGGCCUCCCCUAGCCCAGCUAAGUCCACCCUGGUGGAGAGCCGGUGUUGCAGAGACUUGAUGGAGGAGAAAUUUGAUCAGGUGUGCCAGUGGGUGCUGAAAUGCAGGAAUAGCAAGAACUCGCUGAUCCAAAUGACAAUCCUUAAUUUGUUGCCCCGCUUGGCUGCAUUCCGACCUUCUGCCUUCACAGAUACCCAGUAUCUCCAAGAUACCAUGAACCACGUCCUAAGCUGUGUCAAGAAGGAGAAGGAACGUACAGCAGCCUUCCAAGCCCUGGGGCUACUUUCCGUGGCUGUGAGGUCCGAGUUUAAGGUCUAUUUGCCUCGUGUGCUGGACAUAAUCCGAGCAGCCCUGCCCCCUAAGGACUUCGCCCAUAAGAGGCAGAAGGCAAUGCAGGUGGAUGCCACUGUCUUUACUUGCAUCAGCAUGCUGGCUCGAGCAAUGGGGCCAGGCAUCCAGCAGGAUAUCAAGGAGCUGCUGGAGCCCAUGCUGGCAGUGGGACUAAGCCCUGCCCUCACUGCGGUACUCUAUGACCUGAGCCGUCAGAUUCCACAGCUAAAGAAGGACAUUCAAGACGGGCUACUGAAAAUGCUGUCCCUGGUCCUUAUGCACAAACCGCUCCGCCACCCAGGCAUGCCCAAAGGCCUGGCCCAUCAGCUGGCCUCCCCUGGGCUCACGACUCUCCCUGAGGCCAGUGAUGUGGGCAGCAUCACUCUUGCCCUCCGAACGCUUGGCAGCUUUGAAUUUGAAGGUCACUCUCUGACCCAAUUCGUUCGCCACUGUGCAGAUCAUUUCCUGAACAGUGAGCACAAGGAGAUCCGCAUGGAGGCUGCCCGUACCUGUUCCCGCCUGCUCACACCCUCCAUCCACCUCAUCAGUGGCCAUGCUCAUGUGGUUAGCCAGACUGCAGUGCAAGUGGUGGCAGAUGUGCUCAGCAAACUGCUCGUGGUUGGGAUAACAGAUCCUGACCCUGACAUUCGCUAUUGUGUCUUGGCGUCCCUGGAUGAGCGCUUUGAUGCACACCUGGCCCAGGCGGAGAACUUGCAGGCCUUGUUUGUGGCUCUGAAUGACCAGGUGUUUGAGAUCCGGGAGCUGGCCAUCUGCACUGUGGGCCAACUCAGUAGCAUGAACCCCGCCUUUGUCAUGCCUUUCCUGCGCAAGAUGCUCAUCCAGAUUUUGACAGAGCUGGAGCACAGUGGGAUUGGAAGAAUCAAAGAGCAGAGUGCCCGCAUGCUGGGGCACCUAGUCUCCAAUGCCCCUAGACUCAUCCGCCCCUACAUGGAGCCUAUUCUGAAGGCAUUAAUUUUGAAACUGAAAGAUCCAGACCCUGAUCCAAACCCAGGUGUGAUCAACAAUGUCCUGGCCACAAUAGGAGAAUUGGCACAGGUUAGUGGCCUGGAAAUGAGAAAAUGGGUUGAUGAACUUUUUAUUAUCAUCAUGGACAUGCUCCAGGAUUCUUCUUUGUUGGCCAAAAGGCAGGUGGCUCUGUGGACCCUGGGACAGUUGGUGGCCAGCACUGGCUAUGUGGUAGAGCCCUACAGGAAGUACCCUACUUUGCUUGAGGUGCUACUGAAUUUUCUGAAGACUGAGCAGAACCAGGGUACACGCAGAGAGGCCAUCCGUGUGUUAGGGCUUUUAGGGGCUUUGGAUCCCUAUAAGCACAAAGUGAACAUUGGCAUGAUAGACCAGUCCCGGGAUGCCUCUGCUGUCAGCCUGUCAGAAUCCAAGUCAAGUCAGGAUUCCUCUGACUAUAGCACUAGUGAAAUGCUGGUCAACAUGGGAAACCUACCUCUGGAUGAGUUCUACCCAGCCGUGUCCAUGGUGGCCCUGAUGCGGAUCUUCCGAGACCAGUCACUCUCUCACCAUCACACCAUGGUUGUCCAGGCUAUCACCUUCAUCUUCAAGUCCCUGGGACUCAAAUGUGUGCAGUUCCUGCCCCAGGUCAUGCCCACGUUCCUUAAUGUCAUUCGGGUCUGUGAUGGAGCCAUCCGGGAAUUUUUGUUCCAGCAGCUGGGAAUGUUGGUGUCCUUUGUGAAGAGCCACAUCAGACCUUAUAUGGAUGAAAUAGUCACCCUCAUGAGAGAAUUCUGGGUCAUGAACACCUCAAUUCAGAGCACGAUCAUUCUUCUCAUUGAGCAAAUUGUGGUAGCUCUUGGGGGUGAAUUUAAGCUGUAUCUGCCCCAGCUGAUCCCGCACAUGCUGCGUGUCUUCAUGCAUGACAACAGCCCAGGCCGCAUCGUCUCGAUCAAGUUAUUGGCUGCAAUCCAGCUGUUUGGUGCCAACCUGGAUGACUACCUGCAUUUGCUGCUGCCUCCUAUUGUGAAGUUGUUUGAUGCCCCUGAAGCUCCCCUGCCAUCUCGAAAGGCAGCGCUGGAGACCGUGGACCGUCUGACGGAGUCCCUGGAUUUCACUGACUAUGCCUCCCGGAUCAUUCACCCUAUUGUUCGAACACUGGACCAGAGCCCAGAACUGCGCUCCACAGCCAUGGACACACUGUCUUCACUUGUUUUUCAACUGGGGAAGAAGUACCAAAUUUUCAUUCCAAUGGUGAAUAAAGUUCUGGUGCGACACCGAAUCAAUCAUCAGCGCUAUGACGUGCUUAUCUGCAGAAUUGUCAAGGGUUACACACUUGCUGAUGAAGAGGAGGAUCCUUUGAUUUACCAGCAUCGAAUGCUUAGGAGUGGCCAGGGGGAUGCAUUGGCUAGUGGACCAGUGGAAACAGGACCCAUGAAGAAACUGCACGUCAGCACCAUCAACCUCCAAAGGGCAAGUCCAUUGUUUCAGGGGACUGGGGAAGGAGAGCUCUGCCCUUCUCACUUGCUCAAGACUUUUGACUGUUGCCACCUUCAGUUUAAACCAACCAAAAACCAGUCCAUUGUUUUUUCUAGAAAUCUAGACACCAUGAACUUAGAUCAUUUUGUCUUUUCCAGGUGUCUGAAUUGUAAUUUUGUUUUGAAUAGAGCAAACAUAGAGAACAAAAUGUCCUUUUGUGCUCCCUUGGAGAAACUUCUGUUGGACAGCACUGGUCUGUAUAACCAGAAUCAGGGAUGCCAAAAGCCCAUUGAUAGGUGUGACUUUGAGGCAGCAGGCAGAGGCAUGGGAGUGUCUCCAUCUUUUUUCACCUCCUCUGCCUUCAGGGAUCUCUUCAAUGCUGCAUUUGUGUCCUGCUGGUCUGAGCUGAAUGAAGAUCAACAGGAUGAGCUCAUCAGAAGCAUCGAGUUGGCCCUCACCUCACAAGACAUUGCUGAAGUCACACAAACCCUCUUAAACUUGGCUGAGUUCAUGGAACACAGUGACAAGGGCCCCCUGCCACUGAGAGACGACAAUGGCAUUGUUCUGCUGGGUGAGAGAGCUGCCAAGUGCCGAGCAUAUGCCAAAGCACUACACUACAAAGAACUGGAGUUCCAGAAAGGCCCCACCCCUGCCAUUCUAGAAUCUCUCAUCAGCAUUAAUAAUAAGCUACAGCAGCCAGAGGCAGCAGCCGGAGUGUUGGAAUAUGCCAUGAAACACUUUGGAGAGCUGGAGAUCCAGGCUACCUGGUAUGAGAAACUGCACGAGUGGGAGGAUGCUCUUGUGGCCUAUGAUAAGAAAAUGGACACCAACAAGGAUGACCCAGAGCUGAUGCUGGGCCGUAUGCGCUGCCUUGAGGCCUUGGGGGAAUGGGGUCAACUCCACCAGCAGUGCUGUGAAAAGUGGACCCUGGUUAAUGAUGAGACCCAAGCCAAGAUGGCCCGGAUGGCUGCUGCAGCUGCGUGGGGUUUAGGUCAGUGGGACAGCAUGGAAGAAUACACCUGUAUGAUCCCUCGCGACACCCAUGAUGGGGCAUUCUAUAGAGCUGUGCUGGCACUGCAUCAAGACCUCUUCUCCUUGGCACAACAGUGCAUUGACAAGGCCAGGGACCUGCUGGAUACUGAAUUAACUGCGAUGGCAGGAGAGAGUUACAGUCGGGCAUAUGGGGCCAUGGUUUCUUGCCACAUGCUGUCCGAGCUGGAGGAGGUUAUCCAGUACAAACUUGUCCCCGAGCGACGAGAGAUCAUCCGCCAGAUCUGGUGGGAGAGACUGCAGGGCUGCCAGCGUAUCGUGGAGGACUGGCAGAAAAUCCUUAUGGUGCGGUCCCUUGUGGUCAGCCCUCAUGAGGACAUGAGAACCUGGCUCAAGUAUGCAAGCCUGUGCGGCAAGAGUGGCAGGCUGGCUCUUGCUCAUAAAACCUUAGUGUUGCUCCUGGGAGUUGAUCCAUCUCGGCAACUUGACCAUCCUCUGCCCACAGUUCACCCUCAAGUGACCUAUGCCUACAUGAAAAACAUGUGGAAGAGUGCUCGCAAGAUUGAUGCCUUCCAGCACAUGCAGCAUUUUGUCCAGACCAUGCAGCAACAGGCCCAGCAUGCCAUCGCUACCGAGGACCAGCAGCAUAAGCAGGAACUGCACAAGCUCAUGGCCCGAUGCUUCCUGAAACUUGGAGAGUGGCAGCUGAAUCUACAGGGCAUCAACGAGAGCACAAUCCCCAAAGUGCUGCAGUACUACAGUGCUGCCACAGAACACGACCGCAGCUGGUACAAGGCCUGGCAUGCGUGGGCAGUGAUGAACUUCGAAGCCGUGCUACACUACAAACAUCAGAACCAAGCCCGCGAUGAGAAGAAGAAACUGCGUCAUGCCAGUGGGGCCAACAUCACCAACGCCACCACUGCCACCACCACGGCUGCCACUGCCACCACCACUGCCAGCACUGAGGGCAGCAACAGUGAGAGCGAUGCCGAGAGCACUGAGAACAGCCCCACCCCAUCGCCGCUGCAGAAGAAGGUCACUGAGGAUCUGUCCAAAACCCUCCUGAUGUACACAGUGCCUGCCGUCCAGGGCUUCUUCCGUUCCAUCUCCUUGUCACGAGGCAACAACCUCCAGGAUACACUCAGAGUUCUCACCUUAUGGUUUGAUUAUGGUCACUGGCCAGAUGUCAAUGAAGCCUUAGUGGAGGGGGUGAAAGCCAUCCAGAUUGAUACCUGGCUACAGGUUAUACCUCAGCUCAUUGCAAGAAUUGAUACGCCCAGACCCUUGGUGGGACGUCUCAUUCACCAGCUUCUCACAGACAUUGGUCGAUACCACCCUCAGGCCCUCAUCUACCCUCUGACAGUGGCUUCUAAGUCUACCACAACAGCCCGGCACAACGCAGCCAACAAGAUUCUGAAGAACAUGUGUGAGCACAGCAACACUCUGGUCCAGCAGGCCAUGAUGGUGAGUGAGGAGCUGAUCCGAGUGGCCAUCCUCUGGCAUGAGAUGUGGCACGAAGGCCUAGAAGAGGCUUCUCGUUUGUACUUUGGAGAGAGGAAUGUGAAAGGCAUGUUUGAGGUGCUGGAGCCCUUGCAUGCAAUGAUGGAACGGGGCCCCCAGACUCUGAAGGAAACAUCCUUUAAUCAGGCCUAUGGUCGAGAUUUAAUGGAGGCCCAAGAAUGGUGCAGGAAGUACAUGAAAUCAGGGAAUGUCAAGGACCUCACUCAAGCCUGGGACCUCUAUUAUCAUGUGUUCCGACGAAUCUCAAAGCAGCUGCCUCAGCUCACAUCCUUAGAGCUGCAGUAUGUUUCCCCAAAACUUCUGAUGUGCCGGGACCUUGAAUUGGCUGUGCCAGGAACAUAUGACCCCAACCAGCCAAUCAUUCGCAUUCAGUCCAUAGCACCGUCUUUGCAAGUCAUCACAUCCAAGCAGAGGCCCCGGAAAUUGACACUUAUGGGCAGCAACGGGCAUGAGUUUGUUUUCCUUCUAAAAGGCCAUGAAGAUCUGCGGCAGGAUGAGCGUGUGAUGCAGCUCUUCGGCCUGGUUAACACCCUUCUGGCCAAUGACCCAACAUCUCUUCGGAAAAACCUCAGCAUCCAGAGAUAUGCCGUCAUCCCUUUAUCAACCAACUCUGGCCUCAUUGGCUGGGUCCCCCACUGUGACACGCUGCACGCCCUCAUCCGAGACUACAGGGAAAAGAAGAAGAUCCUUCUCAACAUUGAACAUCGCAUCAUGUUGCGGAUGGCUCCCGACUAUGACCACUUGACUCUGAUGCAGAAGGUGGAGGUGUUUGAGCAUGCUGUCAAUAAUACAGCUGGAGACGACCUGGCCAAGCUGCUGUGGCUGAAAAGCCCCAGCUCUGAGGUGUGGUUUGACCGAAGAACCAAUUAUACCCGUUCUUUAGCGGUCAUGUCAAUGGUUGGGUAUAUUUUAGGCCUGGGAGAUAGACACCCAUCCAACCUGAUGCUGGACCGUCUGAGUGGGAAGAUCCUGCACAUUGACUUUGGGGACUGCUUUGAGGUUGCUAUGACCCGAGAGAAGUUUCCAGAGAAGAUUCCAUUUAGACUAACAAGAAUGUUGACCAAUGCUAUGGAGGUUACAGGCCUGGAUGGCAACUACAGAAUCACAUGCCACACGGUGAUGGAGGUGCUACGGGAGCACAAGGACAGUGUCAUGGCCGUGCUGGAAGCCUUUGUCUAUGACCCCUUGCUGAACUGGAGGCUAAUGGACACAAAUACCAAAGGCAACAAGCGAUCCCGAACGAGGACAGAUUCCUACUCUGCUGGCCAGUCAGUAGAAAUUUUGGACGGUGUGGAACUUGGGGAACCAGCCCAUAAGAAAACGGGGACCACAGUGCCAGAAUCUAUUCAUUCUUUCAUUGGAGACGGUUUGGUGAAACCAGAGGCCCUAAAUAAGAAAGCUAUUCAGAUUAUUAACAGGGUUCGAGAUAAGCUUACUGGUGAGUGUGUGUAUGUGUUAACUUAGAAAGGACAUAAAAUC